CGCGACUUCCCGGCCGGAGGUGUAUCUCCAUGAAUAACUUAAAUGACCCCCCAAAUUGGAAUAUCCGGCCCAGUUCCAGGGCUGAUGGGGGUGAUGGAAGCAGAUGGAAUUAUGCCCUGUUGGUUCCAAUGCUGGGAUUGGCUGCUUUUCGUUGGAUUUGGUCUAGGGAGUCCCGAAAAGAAAUAGAAAAAGAGAGGGAAGCAUACCAUCAGAGAACAGCUGCCUUCCAGCAGGACCACAAAGCCAAGUAUCAUGCCACGAUCUCAGAAAGUCGGCGGGCCGUGGCACAGUUGUCCCUGGAACUUGAAAAGGAACAAAAGAGAAUGACUAGCUACGGAGAAGCCCUCAUCUCUCAGGAGUGCAAGAUGGUAGAAGAGAAGAAGCUUCUGGAACAGGAGCGGGCUUGGGUCCUGCAGGAGAAGGGGCAGCCCUUGCGGAGUGCAUACCUGAGCUGCCUGGACAAGGAGGAGGACUGGCAACGGAGAGCCAGGCUUCUGCUGAGAGAGUUCGAGGACGCUCUCACAGAAAGACAGAGCAUCUACGGCAGUCUGGUUCUCCCUCGCCACAAGCGGCUGGAGAUCAAGAAGAGCUUGCUGGUCCAAGCGUCCACUGACCCAGUUGCUGCUGACCUAGAGAUGGCGGCUGGCCUGACUGACAUAUUCAAGCACGACACAUACUGUGGUGACGUCUGGAAUACCAACAAGCGCCACAAUGGGAGGCUUAUGUGGCUGUAUCUCAGAUAUUGGGAACUAAUGGUCGAACUGAAAAAGUUUACCAACGUGGAGAGAGCCAUACUGGAAAAGUAA